AUGACGAGCAGUCACAUACCUUCGUCUGUACGGAAAUUGCUCCAAAUAUAUAAGUCAUUAUCAUAUCAGCUCAAUAAUCUUUACCCCCAUGAUGUCAGUGCAUAUUUAUCUUCCACAAGUGAUCUACAAGUAAUCAACAACCAAUGGCAGUUACUACGAAACAAUAGGAUCAAAGGAGAAAAACUUUCAUCGGUUCUGGACCUUGAUUCCCAUAUGUUUAUGAACCCUAUACAAUUUGGUCCAUACGAAUUGAAGAAAACUUCACAGCUAUUUGACACAAGCAAAAAACCAUUAAGAAAAUCAUUGAUCCCAAAUACAAAUAACUCUAGUGUGAAUAAUGGGAAAUAUGUCUCAAAUGUGGAAAACGCUAUUAGAUCAUACUACUCACCAUAUGGUAGUCUUCCAAAAACUAAAAAGUUGCAGGAUGCAUUUAAGUUUUAUGCUACGCAGUUUGAUAGUAAUAUCCCAAUAACACUACUAUUCAAAUCAACCGCUGAUUUGUUUUCCACCUUCCCAAUGAGUCAUUAUGAUGCAUCAUACGUAGAAUUCAAAGCAGCGGUGGAUGAUAUCAAUGCAAACCAUGGAACUGGGUAUCGUUUCUCGAGAAUCCAAAAUAUAGAUUUGUUUAAUUUGGCAUUAAGGUACAAUAGUUUCAUGAACACUACUGUGAAAGAUGAUACUAAUAUUCCGUGGGAGAAAGUAAAUCAGGUACAAGAUUCCUUGGUUGAUAUGGUGAGACAUACCCAAAAAGUUGACAUCAUUCAGACUUCUACAGGUAAUCCUACAGCAUCAAAUGAUUUGUAUUUACGUGAAUAUCUUUCAGAAGACAUUGACACAAAAUUCAUUGAUUCUAGAGAAAUCAUGGACUUCUGUGAACAGAUGCCUUAUACUAUACGGAUGACCAACUAUUAUAUGAUGAAUAUAUUGGAUUUAUUUGAAGACAAGCACAGUUUGUUUGUACGAUUGUUGGAAUCAACAGACAUGCAGAUCAUAGGAGCACGAUUAUGGUUGAAGAAUGGUCAACUUAAUGAAAUUAUAAAUGAGAUUAUAGAAACUAGAAAUGAUGGAUCAAAAACAAGUUACGAAGAUUUAUUGAAAUUGACUCAUGUUCCUGACAAGAAUGAUGUUUGCUUAAUGAUGGAAUACUUGGCAACUAAAGGGUUAGUCAGUGUUAAGCAAAGUGCCGAUAAAAAUGCAUUGUAUCUUUUACCAUAG